AUGAAGAAGAAGAAGAAGAAGAAGACGAUAAUGAGGAGGACGAAAACGAUUCGUUGAUUUCAGAUGAUGACGAAAGCAAUAUGUCUAGCAGUGAAAGUGAAAGUGAAAGCGAAGGUCCUGCUGAUGACGACGAGGCAUUGACUGCUGAAGAAUUGCGAUUGAAGUAUGCUAAUCUCCCUGGCGCCUUGUCACAAAGAAAUGCCAGCUCCGACUCUUCUCUAGUCUCUUCAACCCGUAAUACGCCGUUACCUGACGAUGAGUUCACUGAAGACGGUGCUGGCUCAGAGAGAACUGGGAACCUUGAGGAUGUCGACCCUCUUCUCCUUGACGACAGUGAUGAGUCUACCGAUAUGGACGAUGAUAUGGGUGAUAGUGAUGCCGAUGCUGACGAAGAGGAAGAGGAAGACGAUGAGAGCGAUGAUAGUGAUGUUUCUGAGGAUGGCCCUGGGUUGUUGGGAUUUUUCUCCUCGAAAGACACAGUUUAUAGCGGCAAUACGAACGAUGCUGAGGAAGUCGAAGCUGAAGAAGCUGAAGACCAAGAUGAAGUAUCUCUCGUUCCGACAGGUCUGCCUAAGCACGACGAUGAAACUGAAUUCUUGAAUCCUAAAGUGGACUCUACAAAAUCGGAAGAGGGUGUCGUUCCAGAAUUAGGCGCUGUUGCUGAGCCUGGAAUACUGAAUGAUGAAAGUCUACCAGAACAGAUGGAUGUUGAUCAACCAAACUUGCCAGUUCAAGAUGAAGAUACUCGUGAGUCGCGGCAUAGCAGGGAUGGUUCCAGUGAAGCUUCUCCGGGUACCGUUGCCACCAAGCCAUCGGAACCAGAAUCAAUCUCGUCUUACGAGAAUCAAUUCGAGAAACCAGCGGAUAUAACAGAAUCGCCUAUGACGGCUGGAUUGAAGACUCCUAUCCCUCACCUUCUAAGGGGAACUUUGCGUGAAUACCAGCACUAUGGACUUGACUGGCUAGCAGGACUCUACAAUAAUCAUAUCAACGGCAUCUUAGCCGACGAAAUGGGUCUUGGCAAAACUAUUCAGACGAUUGCCCUUCUUGCACAUCUAGCUGUUGAACAUGAAGUUUGGGGCCCUCACCUGGUAGUUGUACCUACCAGUGUUAUCCUCAACUGGGAGAUGGAAUUCAAAAAGUGGUGCCCCGGGUUCAAAAUCAUGACUUACUAUGGAAACCAGGAAGAAAGAAAGCAGAAAAGACGAGGCUGGACGGACGACAGUAGCUGGGAUGUUUUGAUCACCUCUUAUCAAUUGGUCUUGCAGGAUCAACAGGUGCUCAAACGAAGAAAUUGGCACUACAUGGUUCUCGACGAAGCUCACAAUAUCAAAAACUUCCGAUCCCAAAGAUGGCAGGCGUUGCUCACAUUCAAGACUCGGGCUCGUCUUCUGCUUACUGGUACACCGCUGCAGAAUAACCUGACCGAGCUUUGGUCUCUCCUGUUCUUCUUGAUGCCCUCAGAUGAAGAUGGAGCUGGUGUUGAAGGAUUUGCUGAUCUCAGAAACUUUUCAGAGUGGUUCCGGCGGCCAGUCGAACAAAUUUUGGAGCAUGGUAGAGAGACGAUGGAUGAUGAGGCGAAACAGAUAGUGACAAAACUGCAUACCGUCCUCCGCCCAUACCUGCUUCGGCGACUCAAGGCCGAUGUCGAGAAACAGAUGCCUGCCAAAUAUGAGCAUGUGAUAAAUUGCCGCUUGUCAAAACGUCAGCGCUAUCUUUAUGAUGGCUUCAUGUCUAGGGCUCAAACAAAGGAGACCUUGGCGUCUGGCAAUUAUCUUUCCAUUAUCAACUGUCUCAUGCAACUUCGAAAAGUCUGCAAUCAUCCUGAUCUCUUUGAAACGCGGCAAAUAUCGACUUCAUUUGUGAUGUCAAAAUCGCUGGCGACAGAUUAUGAGAUUAAGAAUCUGCUCGUACGACGCCGGCUUUUAUACCAGCACCCGUUCGAUAAUCUUGAUUUGGAUUUCCUCAAUUUAGCGCCUGUGUUCCGAGAAACCCUAUCGAAGAGGCUAGUACAAGAUACUAGCCGCAUAAUGGCGUUUGAACCUUUGAAGACAUUACGUGAACGUCAAUACAGACGGACCAACUGGCAGAUGGGAUUCGAUGGCUCUUCAGUGCGGUCUACGCUGGACUCGAUGGAAAAUCUUACACGCAAGAGGAGGAUGAAUGAGCUGGAAAGCACGCUCUACUUUGAGUCGAAUCGACACGGAAGACGCCCGGUUUGGGGAAAGAGUUUGAUUGAAUUUCUCACAAUCGAACGACCAUACAAUGGAUUUUCCACACGGGGAACUCUUCAAGUGUCUAAACUUGAGCGGCUGUCCAACCAGUCAGCAGUUCUAGCCUCUAUGAUCAACUGUAUCGAAGACCGUGCACUUUCCAUGGAAGGCUACAUUCAGAGGUUUGCUUGUGUGACUCCGGCAGCUAUUGCAGCAGGUACUACGGAAGCAGCCAUCACACCUCUGGAAACACGCUACUUUGACAAAGACUUAAGGCUUUACAAAUACGAUCCGUUCCACGAAGCGCAAAUGCGGCUGUCUAUCGCCUUUCCAGACAAACGGUUGUUGCAAUACGACUGUGGCAAGCUUCAGCAGUUAGACAAGCUGCUACGUAAACUCCAGGCAGGUGGUCACCGCGCCCUGAUCUUUACGCAGAUGACCAAAAUGCUGGAUAUCUUAGAACAGUUCCUGAAUAUCCAUGGACAUCGCUACCUCCGUCUUGACGGCACUACGAAAGUCGAGCAACGUCAGAUGCUGACCGAUCGCUUCAACAAUGACAAUCGUAUACUUGCAUUUAUUUUGUCUACUCGGUCUGGUGGGUUAGGUAUCAAUCUUACUGGCGCGGAUUGUGUCAUCUUCUACGAUCUGGACUGGAACCCGGCCAUGGACAAGCAAUGCCAGGACCGAUGUCACCGUAUCGGGCAGACCAGAGAUGUGCACAUCUACCGUUUGGUGUCAGAGUACACAAUCGAGUCCAACAUCCUCCGCAAAGCCAAUCAGAAGCGGAUGUUAGACGAUGUAGUCAUCCAAGAAGGUGGAUUUACUACAGACUACUUCACCAAAGUCGCCACAUCGGACAUGGUCGAUGCACCAGACGAGCAGGACGAAGCAAGCAAGGCCAUGGACCGGGUUCUCGACAACCGGGGCGGGACUACACGCGUGUUCGAGCAGGCAGAGGACAAGGAAGAUAUUGUCGCGGCGAAGAACGCGCAGAAGGAGAUGGAACAUGCAGACGACGGCGACUUUGAGGAGCGCACUCCCGCGCAGCUAGGCACAGCAACGCAGGACGGCACACCGGGACCCAGCGUGGCGACCGAUACGAUAACCGAAGACACUGAGCCGAACCACAUCGACGACUAUCUGCUGCGUUUCAUGGAAUGGAAUCUUCAAAACGAGCCCCUGAUUCUGCCCACCGACAAGACAAAGAAAAAGUCAAAACGAGGGAAGGAGCACCGAAUCAAGAGGCGUCGCUAGAUCCUAAUUUUGUACUGAUAUUCUGGUUAUUUGCACGACUACAUUUCAUGGCGUUGAUGUUUUAAUUUCGCGUAUGGACGGAUACUUGGGUUGUCCCUUUUUUUUCAAAUUUUGUUCUGUUUUACUACACUUCUCUCGUGUCUAAUUAAUACAUUAAAUAAUCUUCACCAUCA